AUGGUUCGCUCGCGUGUUCGAUCGUUUAUAGCGGCCUUUGGCUCGAAGAACGAAUCAAACACAAAAGAGUCACAGAGUUCUUCAGGUUCAAAUUCCAGCAGUCAAUCGAAGCUCGCCAAACCGCAUGCUACCCCUCCCACUUCAUCUCCUCCAAAUGGCUUGCACAUCGUGAAAACAAGGGCGGCCGCUCCAGAACGGGCGAGUCUCGCGCGCCCAGCGUCGAUGGUCUUUACGUAUCAGCCUCCGGUGACGGAGAUCGCGCAAGAUACAUUGCCGGAAUUACUGCCUAUUUUCACUUUUAUGAACAGUCAUUCGAAUAAGAUGUACCAAGAAGGGUACUUUCUCAAACUCAAUGAUCUGGACACUCAGGGUCGUCCGUGUGCAGAUCGCAAAUGGGUCGAAUGUUUCGGAGUGCUUACGGGAACCGUGCUAUCAAUCUGGGAUGCCGCUGCGCUGGACGCAGCAGGCGAAAAUCAGGACGUGACACCUACUUUCAUUAACCUUACGGAUGCCUCGAUAAAAAUGCUUGAGACACUCCCGACGUACGACAAGAAUGCCAAACCGUUACAGAAUAUCUUGAGCGUCUCGACAGCCGGCAGAAACCGCUACCUUUUCCACUUCAAUUCUUUUCAUUCACUUACUCAGUGGACUGCCGGUAUUCGACUGGCUCUAUUCGAGCACACAUCCCUACUCGAGGCUUAUACGGGGUCUAUCAUCGCCGGAAAAGGUAGGCAGUUGAAUAACAUACGAAUGAUCAUGGAGCGUUCUCGGUACAAAUACGAGGAUUGGGCAAGAGUCAGAUUUGGGGCUGGAACACCAUGGAGGCGCUGCUGGUUUGUCGUAACUCCGCCGAGUGACAAAGACAUUCAGAAAUUACACAAAUCCGGCAAGAAGCGGUCUGCAUAUGAUCGUACUACACCAAUCUUGACUGGCGACAUCAAGUUUUACGAAACGAGAAAGACAAAGAAGGCACAGCCAAUUGCAACCAUUACUGAUGCCUAUGCAGCCUUUGCCAUUUAUCCUCAAUCGAAUGCCCUGAUUGAUCAGUCGACGUUGAUCAAGAUAGAAGGCAAUAUCAUGUUCCAUUCGCAGCCUCAGUCCAGUACAGAGGGAUACAUUUUCAUCAUGCCAGAACUGCACCCGGCCGUGUCUGGUCUGGAAAUUAUGUUACGGUUUCUCUUCCCUGUUUUCGACACGUUUGGCCUGUAUGGACGGCCGAGUCGACUCAUCGCAGAUACGAAUAAUGUGAAGAGUUUGAUGUUCGCUUUUCCGAAACACCAGCCUUACGGUUAUCUGGAUGUGCUUGAUGUCGUCAAUCUGAUCAAUAAAUCUGGAAGCCAAGGAUGGUCUGAAAAGGAAUGGAGAAGGGAGCUUAGAGAGGCAACUGGGCAGCGAAUGUCCACUGUCAACAGUCCCGCGAGCAGCAUCAGCGCUGGUCGACCGCGUCAAAGAGGAAGCAUUCUUGGCCGUCAUGGAAAGACUCGAUUUAAAGAACCUCCUCUUUCUUCUGGCUUCAAUCAGUCAGCAGAGGCCAUCAUCGAAACUCCCCCGUCUACGGCUGAAUCUCCUGUCACCGAGUCUGGGUCAUCAUCACCGUACGGGCAUUAUCGAGCAGUAUCGGACACGACUGCUUUCCUUCCUUCGAGCUCGACAGGCAGGUCGUUUGCUCCUUCGCGUCUAUCGAUUCAAGAUACACCACCUGAGCCCCCUGUUCACGGUGUGGAUCCAACAGCUACACACGAUCGCCCUUCAACGCGGCACUCGAAUGGAAGUGGCUCUGAUGGUGAUGCACAACUACAUGAUGUACCUCGUACGGACAACCUUGCACAGGAAUUCCGGUCUAGUCCUCCCGCACCCGUGGCCGUUCCACCAGCCUUUUCACAUCAACCAGGCGAGGUUCCCUCUAGUCGGCCUCAAGCUUCAAGCGAAUUACGACGAGCCAAUAACCGUAUGUCUAGCUCAACUCUGGCUCAACUCGCCGAUGUGAGUAAACUACGUGGUGUUACAACAACCAUAUCAGAUAUCCAGGAGAACCCCUACUCAGAUGAGCGCUAUGAUAGUGAUUCGCCAGUUCAUAUGGACGCACGUUCUUCACACACAAAUGCGCAUCCUGUUGAAGAACAAGCUCCUCCUGUUCCGGUCCACGGAACAACCACCGAUACCCGGAUCCAGCAGUCAUUACCACAGAGGACUUCUCAGACGACACCAAACCUUCACCUAGACACAUCUCAAACUAUCAAGAGGAAACCACUUCCUCCUCAGCAUAGCUAUAUUUCUGAGAUGGACUCCCAGGAACCAUCCUCUGCGUCGACUGACCCGACCUUGAGAGAUUUGCAACAUACAGUUGAUGAAGCCGCUUUGAGUAGGAUUUUGCCGAUGCAGCCAUCGUACACAUACGAGAGGACUGUGGCUCAACUUCCUCAACUUUCGCGAGUCGAUACUGAAAGCGUGUAUGACGAUGACGGAUCAGUGACCCCAGACUAUGCCAGUCGCAAGUCGACCGAAACGAAGCGCUCAGAAGUCUCCAUUCCUCGUCCUCGAAUGGGCGUCUUGAAAACGGUGGGCGGUUCCAGCUUGGAUAAGCAGGAGGUCACUAUCGGAGACGCGCAUUACCUUGCCAACCAGGAAGUUCCCAAGGAAAACCCUGAUAUUCCGGUUAUUGAUUUUGGUCCGACUAUGGCGCACAAUUUGCACACCCGACGUCCUAGUAUGUCCGACGUGCUGAACAACUUCGGUUCCAAUUCCCCUUCGCCUACCCGUCGUGAUGAUCGAGUAGAAGGUCAUGCCCGCAAAUUGUCACGAUCACCUGCUGGGGAUGAGAAGCGCAGAAGUGUUGUUUGGCAGCCAGGUCUAGCGAACUAUCGACCAGAAUCUCCUGCGAGUCGUACCGUGACGCCUGAACAGUUUGUUCAUCAUCGGUCGACCUCCAACUCCCAUCCUCUAGACUAUCCUAUUGGGAGCCCAGCUGCUAGACCCCGGUCAGGGGAUUGGACACUAGGUGCAUCUCAACCAUUUUACGGUAGAGAUCUACCUCCUCGGCCGAACUCUCGAGGCUCGACUAUGCUGCUAAAUCAGACCGAGAUACCAGCGCGACCACAUUCCCGAAACUCGACAAUGAUCCUGAAUCAACAUGACAUGCCCAUUCGGCCUCAUUCUCGAAAUUCGACAAUGUUGUUAAAUCAAAGCGAUCUACCACCCCGUCCGCAUUCUUGGGGAUCAAACGCCAUCUUGAAUCAAACUGAUCUUUCGUCGCAUUUGUCGGCUAGAGAACAGGAACAUGUGGCUCGUAUGACCGGAUCAGCUUUUUUCAAUCUGUCCAACAGCAACGUGAAGCCUGCAGUCAGCCCCGCUGGACUGAUUGGAGCCAUCGAUGCUCGCGAGCGCGAAAGGAGAUAUAUGAAAGAAGGCCUCAGCAACCAAAUGGUCCAGCAAGCAAUCGCACAGCGCCAACAGCAACAAAUGUAUGAAGCACAGCAGAUGCAACAGUCACAAGUUGGGAGUGUAUACAACAUGCCCGGUGCAAGCUACACUUGGGAUACUUUGAAUCAGAAUACCUUCAAUCAACCACAGAUGAUUCCUCGUCCGGCCACAAGCUCAGAUUGGCAUACCUGGAAUGGUCAAGUGGUACCUCAGACGCCGCCAGCUGCGCCUCCUCAACACCAGAAUCAAUAUUUCCACCAGCAGCAAUAUCAGCAGUAUUGAUUUACACUGACCUUUCCUUCCAUACCUCCUCAAUCAUUACAAAUUUCUUUUACAGCAACACAUCCUCCAUCGGUUUUUUUUUCUCCUUUUAUCUGUUACCUGUCAAAGAAUAUGCGAUCAUUUCAUACAUACAUACAUACCCCUUUCAUACACUUGGUCUCAACUAUUUUGCAUCCGCAACCUUAAUCCAACAGCAUAUUCCCACAUCCAUUCUUUUUAUCUUUUUUACAUUUUUUUUACCAAAUCACCCCAUUAUUUACCAUUAACUCAUCUGCAUAGACCGGAGUUUUAGAAAAAAAGAAAGGGCACAGAGAGAUUGAUUGACUCGGUUUCAUUUUUGGGUGGGGUUUCCAGCGUACUCUCGUUAUUGGGGGUCUUUUUUAUGUCGCUUGGAGUUUUUUCUCUUUUCUUUCCUGUUUUGAGAUCGAAAGGAUAUAUGGUUUUUGUUUAUUGUUGGUGUUAAUCUCUAUAAUAAAUGGCGUUUUUCUAGAGAAUAACUGAAACGACGCACUCGUUUAUUCAUUUGCGUGGUUUUUGUUCUUUUGGAUUCUGGAUGACAAUGAUUUCUAAGGCUGUAAGUGCUUGAUGCUCUGUAUAGCGAUCUCCUAAGGUGUCCGAAAAUGAACGCCCCAUGACAAAAAUGCCAAUAGUAAAUAGGCAUGGCAAAACAAAAUAGUUAUAAGAUGCAGUAGACAUAAAUAUAAGACAAGCCAUAGAUUCUCAUAUUGCUUUUUGUGUUUUUAUUCUGUAUGUGCUGCCGACUUUCGCAUCCUCCUAGAUCCUUCAUACAAAAACCGAUCCACGGCAGCAGCAACAGUCAAUGUACCACCAAUAACAGCACAAACACCCGUUAAAAACCCCGUAAAUGUCUUUGGACGAACCUCACGAUUGACCACUUUCAUGGGUGAGAUAUCAUAAUUGAAGAAUACACCUGGAAUACCACCUUCGGCGUGAACACGCUCCUUGUGGCCCUCAGCAGCGUCGUUGCCGCCGUGUAAGGAUCGUUUGUGUGAUGUUACCGAGUAUUGGUGCGUUUCGAGACUGCCUGCUGCACCAUGUACAGCACCGUGGAGACCUAGCGGAGUGGAUUGAUCGUCUCCGUGGAGUUGGUCGGAUUGACUGCUAUCCCAACCCAGGGGCAGGUAGGAUGUUGAGACUACUUUGAUGUAGUAGUUGUAGUUAUAAGCUGGUUCAUCUGUAAAUUGUUGCGUGUCGUCUAAUGGGUUGGUGUGAUGGUGGUCGGUCCAUUGCCAACGUCGGGAUAGCUCGUCUGAGAGCUGAGGUCCGAAUCGCAGUUGGUGAAUGAUAUGCGACAUUGUGUGCUUCUCGUUAUCGGAUAGCUCCCUGUCCAUAUAUGUGUCCAGGUCGUGGACAUGCAUGUUUCCGGUUGAGAAACUACGACCAGGGGCAAUGUGGAAAUUGCCAAUCACCUUGUUCACUCGGAUAUCACCUUCAAUACGGCAUCCCUCCCUUCGCUGGGCAUUGAUUUUCUCGGCAUAACCUUCUCGCUGACAUUGUUCGAUGUUUUCACCUUUGCCGAAUGCCCACGAUUUCAAUGCAUAUGCUUCCCUAACUUCUUCACAGGUGUUACAGCAUCCUGGCUUGUUUGUAUUUGGUGGAGGUGGUGCGCCUCCGCAUUGGCCGCAAUACUCGGGGUUAAGG